AUGGACUCAUUAACACCCUACUGCCGCGAGCUGGCCUCGCCAGGCAUCUUCCAAACUGCUCUAUCUAUCCAGAUUAUCCUCGGGAUCCUCCUCUCAUACCUCCCCCAACACAUCCGUAUCAUCGCCCGGCGAAGCUCCUUCGGUAUCUCACCAUACUUUAUCCUCCUAGGUGUAACAUCAGGGACCUCAGCUUUCGCCAAUAUCCUGGUAUUCCCAUCCACCGCACAAGAUGUCGCCUGCUGCCGGGAUAUCAGCGGAUUCGCUUGCUUCGCAGGGCUACUGGGUGUAUUCCAGAUGGCCAUGCAAUGGCUUGCUUUCUUUUCUAUUCUUUUGCUAUUCGUGAUCUACUUCCCGCGCGCUACAUCCCCCACAGACCCGGUGGGCAGUGUGUCUUCCACCUCCAGCGGACCGACGUACCGCACCGCGCUCAUCGUAACGGGGAUAUGUCUACUGCACGCGCUCGUUACAAUUAUAAUUUCCCUAGCGGUUGAGCUACGCUACCCGGCCGCUGUUGCGACCUGGGCUAACUUCCUCGGUAUCCUGGCUGCGAUCCUCGCGUCGAUCCAGUACUUCCCGCAGAUAUACACUACCUUCCGGCUGCGUUGCGUGGGGAGCUUGAGUAUCCCCAUGAUGUGCAUCCAGACGCCCGGAAGUCUUGUCUGGGCUGCUAGUUUGGCUGCCCGUAAGGGUUGGAGUGGCUGGAGUAUCUGGGGCGUGCUUGUUGUCACGGCUUGCUUGCAGGGUACCUUGUUGACGAUGGCAAUCUAUUUUGAGUACUUUGGAUCCAACAACAAGGGGAAAGCUGGGCACGUUGAUCAAACCGGGGAGCCCGAUGAGUCGGCUCCUGCUGAUGAGAGCGCUCAGCAAGAACCUGUGCAUGAGGAGCGACCAUCUGAGGAGACGCCGUUGCUUCAGAGCCAGUGA